AUGGAUUGCCCAUCUAAUGUAAAGCUACUUCUUCUGCAGAUCCUCUUACGACGUCAACAGAAUUUAGCUCAUCAGGACAAAUCUCUAUCACUACCGCAGCUUCUUAGAGAGCCCAUUGUCGAUAGGGAAGCAUUGCAGGAGUUUCAAUCACACAAAUUGGUUCAAAUGUACUCCCCUGAGCUGUGCACAGUGCCUCUACGGACGCUCAAGAAUAUGGUUAGCGAAUUAUUUGAAAGAGGUCUACCGCACAGAGCAAACGAUCCAGAUGAACCCGUUACAAUAGUCAAAUUAGCUGAAUACUACUACUCCGAAAGAAUCCAAGAGAUACAGGACGAUCAAUUGCCAAAACUGAGGGAGCAGAUGCUUCAAUACCUUCAGAAUUGA